AUGGCUCACAUUAUGCCCGCGCAGGUUUCCUUACAAACCGAGGUUUCCCCGCUUCCCUUAUCAAGUUCAAUCGCCAACCUUAUACGCACUCGGUCGGCACGACGUUCCAGUCUCAACGCCGUCGAGGAACAAUUCCCUAAACAAAGCCGUCGCGGCUCUUUCCUGAGAAAGCUGGCGGGCCCACGUGAAAACGCGAAGCGAUUCCUUCGCCUGCGGUCAUCCGGAGUUUCGGCACCCGCUCCCCCGCAAUUGCAAUCAAAACCCCCACGCCGUCGCACCGCUCGGCCUGUAUCGGAAAUCAUCCUUUCUCCAAGAAUUGACUCAAUCCACCCCGACGACGAAAUACUGCCCGAUAUCAUGGCCGAUGUUUUACCCCGAGCCGUGGCCGAGCAGCCCAACACCGCCCCCGAGCUAUCCACUCCGUUCCCUCCCUUGCGGAAUGAGAAGAUCAUUGCGACUGGAAGUGGUCUGACAUUGGGUAUCGCCCUCACCGAGCCCGUGUUGUAUCUUCAGGGCUACGAUCAACAUGAUCCAAGUUCCAAGAAGUCAGCUAUCUUGCGAGGUCAAAUACAUCUCAAGGUGACCAAAUGUGUCAAAAUCAAGAAGAUCUCAAUCUGUUUUAGAGGUCACGCGCAAACGGACUGGCCAGAUGGUAUCCCACCAAAGAAAGUUCAUUUCCACGAUAAGAAAGAUCUCUGUACUCAUGGUGUCGUCUACUUCAACCAUGGAGAUACUGCGCUCAUGCAAAACGACUAUGGUGCGCACUAUUACCAGCACGCUAAGCCCGUUUCACCUGUACCCGGCAAGGAUGCAGUGAUAGCCACAAGUCGAGAACUCUUCUCCAAAAGUGGCUCCACCAACUCGCUCGGCACUAGUAUCGCUUCCCGAGACCCCAGGCGUCUGUCUAUACCCACCGCCCGUGGACACUCCCGAAGUUUCAGCCGGCAGGAGCCGCCCACCAGCUCUCAAACCCAACAGCAGCGGAAUUACCGCAUGUUCCCCGUAGGCGACUACCUUUACAGCUUCGAAUUCCCAAUCGAUGGCUCACUACCCGAAACAAUCAAAACCGAUCUUGGCUCCGUCAGAUAUGACUUGGAAGCCAUCGUGGAACGAUCAGGUGCCUUCCGGCCGAAUCUGCUCGGCACGAUGGAAAUUCCCGUGAUUCGCACCCCGGCCGAGGGCUCCUUGGAGCAAGUCGAACCGAUUGCGAUCUCGAGGAAUUGGGAGGACCAGCUUCAUUACGACAUUGUCAUUUCAGGGAAAUCUUUCCCCCUCGGAUCCCAGAUUCCAAUUGCAUUCAAACUUACCCCGCUUGCAAAGGUCGAAUGCCACCGUAUCAAAGUUUACGUGACGGAAAACAUUCAACAUUGGACGGCAGAUAAGAGUGUACAUCGUUUGCAACCGGCCAAGAAAGUGCUCCUUUUCGAGAAACGAGCCGAGUCGGCUAGCACGAGUACUUAUCCUGGCAGCUCAAUGCGAAUCACGGCGGGCGGUGGUAUCGAUUGGGACCAUCGUGCCGCAGCGGCGCGCGGUGAGGAGAUUGUGGAACGGGGCCGGACGAAUUUGCUUGGAAACCUGGCUAAUGAUUCCGGAGUCGGUCCAACGGAGAUGGAGUUCAGCGUGCAACUCCCAAGUUGUCAUGAGAUGAGGGGUCGGGACGAGGGCCAGCGGUUGCACUUUGACACUACCUAUGAGAAUAUCCAGAUCAAUCACUGGAUCAAGAUUGUCCUCCGACUCUCCAAGAUCGACGAGAGAGACCCGACAAAACGUCGGCACUUUGAGAUCUCCAUCGAUUCCCCGUUCCACAUUCUCUCCUGCAAAGCGACGCAAGCAAACAUCUACCUUCCGGCAUAUUCCACGCCGGCCAGCGACCCAGACCCGCCGGCACAAGAGCAAGAGUGUGGCUGCCCUGGUGCGCCCCUAGCUGCGAGGGAAUACUCCCUCGCACAAUCGAGCUCCGACCGGGAGGAUUCUACAACGAACCUCAACCGCCGGGAUUCUCUCCGUGCCGUGUCGCGAAGCUUCACAAAUGGGUCUGGUGGUCUGGCCCGUCCGGCCCCUGCCCACCUGGCGCACGAUGCGCCCGCUCGGGAUGUCCCCCGUCCGAUGCAUCUUCUUAGAACCCCAUCCUUUGCCCCUCCUGCCUUCGAAGAUUACACCACCAUUGUGGGCAAUGGUGAUCGGGAAUCUGUACUAGAAGAUUACUUCUCUCGACUCUCUUUCUACGAGGAUGGGGACGAUGAUCGGGGUCUCGGACGCGUGGACGUCCCCUUGACCCCGGGAGGCCGCGUCAAUCGCAGUAUGGAUGUACCCCGUGAGUGGGUACGCUUGGAUGACUUUACCGCUUCAUGA